GUAAAAAAGCAUAUUAUUUUUAUCACUUAGAGAAUGCUCUUCUAUAAAAUUUGUUUAACAAAAUAUUUUAUUUUGCUUGUGUUAAACAUCGUACAAAUUAAGAAUGAAUUUAUAACAGAUUCUUGGGAUAAAGAUACUGUAAAUUUUGACUUUGACGAGGAAGCUAACCCAGAACCUCAUACGGUAAAAUCUACAGUUGUUAAAAAAACAAAUGAAUUUGCAAGAUAUGAAAAAAAGCCAGAUAAACGAUAUAAUGUCUAUGACGAGGUAACGACAGUUGCCAAUCAGGAUCUAGCAGGUGCUGAGGGUCCUGCAAAUCUCGUUAAGAAACACUACCAGAAAAAAUUGCGUUUAGCGAAAAAAAACACUUUUGACAAUAGCGAUGAACGUUACUCUGCAAGUUCAUUGGAACACGCACUUCCAAGUUAUAAGAAGUUUACUAUUACGUCCCUAGGCGCAUCUAAGCAAGUAACUGAUGACGGAAACCAACUGAAAAAAGAUACAAUACAACCUGUAGUUAAACCAAAAAAAUAUAAAAAGAAAAUAUCUAAAGUUGUCAAGAAACAAACAUCUCCUUAUACAUAUCAAUCACCUGGAUAUGGAGGAUUGCUUAAGACUACAACUACAACGCUUGCUCCUAAAAUAGCGUGGGUACCAAGUUGAAAUAAUUUUAAACAAUUUUAGUGAUGUUAUUAGAAAUCAAUAUAUUGAAAUAAAAUUCUAUAAAUAUUUAAUAAAUGAACUUAUUUUAUGUAUUUAACAAUAAAUACUUUUAUGUAAUUAAUGCAAGUUAUGUAAAAAGCGAUUAUUUAACCGAAUAAAAAAGUAUGAUUUAUAUA